AUGACGGUAGUCACCUGCAUCGAUGAUCUGCGCCGCCUGCAUCAGCGGCGCGUGCCAAAAAUGUUUUACGACUAUGCUGAGGCGGGCUCCUGGACGGAAGCCACCUUUCGACGAAAUGCCGAGGCCUUUGCUGAACUUGCGCUGCGGCAACGGGUUGCGGUGGACAUCUCUGAGCGUUCAAUAGCCACAGAUAUGCUCGGCGAACGGUGGCGAAUGCCGGUUGGCAUUGCGCCCACCGGACUUGCCGGCAUGCAGCAUGCCGACGGUGAAAUUCUGGGGGCGCAGGCGGCAGAAAAUUUUGGCGUCCCUUUUGUGUUGUCGACCAUGAGCAUCUGUUCCCUGGAAGAGGUUGCCGCGCAUACGCGCAAGCCAUUCUGGUUUCAACUGUAUGUCAUGCGCGAUCGGGCCUUUAUCGAAGCGCUGAUUGAAAGGGCAAAAAAGGCGGGCUGCAGCGCGUUGGUGUUGACCCUGGAUCUGCAGGUGAUCGGUCAACGUCACAAAGACGUAAAGAACAAUAUGACCGCGCCGCCCAAACUGACCCUGGCCAAUCUCAUCAACAUGGCCACCAAACCUGGAUGGUGUCUGGGCAUGUUGAAAACGCCGCGGCACAGCUUUGGCAAUGUGGUGGGACACGCCAAAGGCGUUGAAAAUCUGACUUCUUUAUCUGCGUGGUCGGCAGAACAAUUGGACCCGACGCUCAGUUGGGACGAUGUUGCCUGGGUGAAAUCCAGAUGGGGGGGCAAACUGAUUCUAAAAGGCAUUAUGGACAGCGAAGAUGCAAAAGCGGCGGUGCAAAGUGGUGCGGAUGCAAUUGUCGUUUCCAACCAUGGCGGCCGACAGCUGGAUGGUGCGCCGGCCAGUUUAGAUGUGCUGCCACAGAUUGUGCAGGCGGUUGACAAGCAGGUCGAAGUUUUUCUGGACGGUGGUAUCCGCAGUGGUCAGGAUGUGCUUAAAGCUCUGGCCUCGGGUGCCGAUGGCACUUUCAUUGGCAAAGCGUUUCUCAACGGUCUGGGGGCCAUGGGCGAAGCAGGGGUCACUCGUGUAUUAGAGAUCAUUGCCCAGGAGCUGGAUUUGACCAUGGCUUUCUGUGGGCAUACCGAUAUCAAUCAGGUAGAUUCCACGCCUGCGUUUGUCGACAUGGCGCAUAAAAUCGUCUGGUGCACGGUGGCAACUGUGGAUAAGCAGGGACGGCCUCGCUCACGUGUGCUGCACCCGGUUUGGGAAUGGGAUGGUGAGCAUCUGGUGGGUUGGAUAGCGACUGCGCCAACGCCGACCAAGGUGGGACAUCUGCAGAACAGCAGCUUUGUAUCCUGCAACUACUGGACGCCGGAUCAGGAUACCUGUGUGGCUGAAUGUGCAGCAUCCUGGGUGAUGGACGAUGAAGGUAAAGCGGCAGUCUGGGACAAAGUAGCCAAUGCGCCUGCGCCAGUUGGCUAUGAUCCCGCAAUGAUUCCAGGAUGGGAGAAUUCUCAGUCACCUGGUUUUGCCGGCUUGCGACUUGAUCCCUGGCGAAUUCGCGUUAUGCCCGGGCCAGCCAUGUUGACUGGCGAAGGUAUUCUGGUUGCCCUGUUGACUGGCGCAUCCAAAGGUAUGGGGCAGGCAAUGGCUACCGCGUUGGCCCAACACGGCAGUAAAGUGGUGGUGUCCAGUCGCAAACUGGAUCAAUGUGAGGAAACGGCUGCCCAGAUUAAUGAGCUUUGCGGCGAAGAACGUGCUAUCGCUAUCGCCUGCAACAUUGGCUACAAAGACCAGCUGCAGAACCUGGUUGAUGAAACCCGCAGUCGCCUUGGUCCCAUUGAUACGCUGGUUGCUAAUGCAGGCGUCAACCCGUUUUACGGUUCGAUGUCAGAUAUUCCAGACGAAGCAUUUGACAAGAUUAUGGCCAGCAAUGUGCGCUCGAAUCACUGGCUCUGCCAGAUGGUGGAUGCUUAUCUUGCUCAAGGCUGGCUGCAUGGCCAUAACCGACUCUGGCAGAUGGAGCUGUUCCGUCGUGCCGGAAAAGGGCGCUUAGCAGAAGUAUUGGGUGCGGGUAUGUUGGACACCGAUGCCAAUAUGUUCCGUGCCGGCGUACCCCUGUUGGCGCAGCGGCUGGAAGACAAUGCAUCUGAAGACUUGCGCAGUUUUGUUGCUGCCUACGUUGCAGGUGUGAACCUUUCCAUAGUGGGUGAAGACGCCACACCUUUGGCGCCCGAGUUUCGUCUGGCUGGCUUUAAGCCACAGCCGUGGCAGGUCUCAGACGUGUAUGCCCUGGGCGCGUUGCUGGCAUUUCAGUCAGGCAAUAACUACCGAAACGAGUUACUGCGGUUUGCGCUGGUAAACCAGUUGAAAGACCGUCUCCCCGAUGUAUCUGGGGAGGUUUUCAAUACCUGGACUAAAGUUCUGGGACCUGUGGAUACUCAGUUACCGGAUUUUCCGUACGUCUUUGAUGAACAAGCUUUGCUGGGUUUACUGGCGCAAACUGAUCAUCUGGAGCCACAGUUGCAACCGUUGUUGUCAGCGCCGCGUUUGGGCAGCAAUGGCUGGGUGAUCAGCCCGGAGCGUACUGCUGAAGGAUACGCUCUGUUUGCCUUUGAUUCUCACGAUGCGCUGUCAAUGCCUAAUCUGACUUACGACGUUCAUCUGUUUGUCGGGCCGGAGCAGAUCCGUGGCGCGUCUGUACCCGGUUUGCUGGGCGUUAUUAACGGUUUUAAUGAAUUCAUGGCCUGGGGGUUUACCAAUACCGGCGAUGCUCAGGAUCUGUUUAUUGAGCAGCGCAGUUCCGAGUCCGAGUUACAUUUCAUGGGCCCGCAGGGUGUUUAUGUGGCGCAAACGUCUGAGGUGUUGAUUCCGGUGAAAGAUCAGUCGCCGCACCGGAUAACAGUGGUGACCACGGCCAAUGGUCGUCUGCUCAGCGAAGCCCCGCCGCUUGCGUUGCGGUGGUCUGCACUGGAGGUACCCAAUGCCGGUCUUGACGCGUUGCUGGCGUUAAAUCGCGCAACCAGUUAUACAUCGUUCACUGCCGCGCUGGAUAGUUUCGUUGCGCCCAGUGCAAACACUACCUACGCGGAUAUCAACGGCAGAAUUGCAUUUCGUACCGUCGGCGCGUUGCCGAUCCGUGGUACCGGUGAAGGGUUGCUGCCGAUAGAGGGUGGCGUCGCAGAGCAUGCCUGGCAGGGUAUGAUUCCCAGUAAUGAACUGCCACGUAUCAGCAAUCCCGCCGCUGGUUUUGUUGCUGCGGCAAAUGCGCGUAUACAGCCAGGGCCGCCGCUGAUAUCCGCGGAUAAUUCGCCAGGUUAUCGAAUCGAGCGCAUUCAGUCUGUGCUUAGGAAUACCUCUGCAGCUACCUUUGCAGAUAUGCAGGCGCUCCAGGUGGAUUGGUUUAAUGUUCAGGCGCAGCGUCUGCUGCCGCUGUUAUUGGACGCCGUCGACACAGCCACGCUCGAUGCCCAGGCAAAGCUGAGCUAUAAAACCCUCGAAUCCUGGGCCCUGCAGCCGGAAAAUCUGCCUGAAUUAUCUCAGCCGCUUCUGUUUGCCGCCUGGUACAGGCAUCUUGGGUUGCAGAUUUUUCCGCCGCUGCUUGGUGACGAGCUGACCCAUCGGAUGAUGGACAGCGCCUACGUUUUUAAUCAUGCGUUAGAUGGAUUGUUAAUGCGGUAUGUCGACUCACCCUGGUGGCAGGGCAAACGUAGCGAGCUGAUUACCCGCGCACUGAUCCAGGCGCAGGAAGAGGUUGGCUCGAGACAAAACUGGCAGGAUCAACACCAGGUGUUGAUGCGCCAUGAACUGUCAGGUGCCGUACCUGGACUCGGCGUGCUGCUGGAUGACGGUCCUUUUCCCUGGGGUGGAGGCAACCCAACGGUCGGGCGUGCACGUUACAGUUAUAACCGACCCUAUACAGCAACCGGUGGUGCAACGGCGCGGCUGGUCAUCGCGAUGCAGCAACCCAUGCAGGUGGAGAGCAUCAGUCCAGGCGGGCAGUCUGGUCACUUUAUGAGUGUGCAUUAUGAUGAUCAGACACCACUAUGGAGAACUGACAUGACGCAGCAAUGGAUCGACCCGUAUGCCGGUUUUGAGUACACACCUGAGACGAUCUCAGUCAGCCGUGAACAUCAGCAUGCAAAGCUUAACGCCUGCGGUAUUGAUGCCGAUGUAUUUGCUGAUGAGGUUGAUCCUUCAUUUUUCAUAGGUCUGGCCAUUCACGCGGGUAUCAACAGCGGCAUUACCGCCGAAGGCAACAUCAAUAUGCUGCAGAGUCUGUUGCUUUAUAGAUCACCGAAGCUGGGUGAAGAUCUGCACGUCAAGGGACUGAUUCGUGAGGUCAAGCCGGUACCUCGCGGCCGUACGCUGCAUUCAGAGGUGAGUUUCAGUGACGCCAGUGGGGAGAUUGUGAUUCAGGCCAAUCGUGUGUCUCUGAAACCUGACCCGGAAAGUCAGGCCAGCCGUGGUGCUGGUGAUAAACCAACACCGAUUGUGACCGAUGCAGGCGCGCUGCAGCGGGCAGGCACUUAUCAGCUGACGCCGGACGGAGUGAAAGCCUACAGUUCGGAAGGCAACAGUAUCCAUUAUGAAGAAGCCGCAGCCAUCCGCGCCGGAUUCCGGGCGCCACUGAUUGGUGGGGGUAUGGGGGUACAUUUUCUGAUGGCACAUCUGUGGGCUUCGGGUGCGGAGCGUCGCCCAGCCUCAUUCUCGGCGGAUAUUUAUUUCAGACGGCCGAUUUUCUGGGAUGAGGCUGUGACUGUAGCCGUUGAUCAGACUGCUGCGCCUGGCGUUAUGGCGCUGCUCAAGCCCGACGGCAAGGUGGGUACAGAACUGGCUCUGCACCCACUUCAUAAGCGGCACCAGAGCGCCCGGGAGGCCCUGCUCGCGUGCAGCGGCGUGGUCUUCAAAACGUGUGUAAAAGUGGGUAGCUCAACACCGAACUCGACGUCGGCAAUGGUGGGUGUUGUCCGCGUCGAAAAGUUCGAGCCGCACAACAAUCAGAAUCAUGCGUCCGGAACGACCUUUUUUAUCGUAAAUAUCGUGCAGGUGUGUGCGACCGGUCAGCGGCACGCCUGCUCGCACCGGGGCAAAACACUCAACCGCCUUGCCGCCGUCCAUGGGGAUACCGCCGAGUUUUGGAAAGUCGAUAGGCAGGUGUCGGCCAGAGGCGAGGCUGCAGAGUACCGCCGGCGGUGCCUGAAAAUCUGCAUGGUGAUUGAACUGCAGGGCAUUGGCCCAGGACCUUUCUGCUGCAUGAUGCUGGCCGAUAUGGGCGCAGAAAUUAUCCGCGUUGAUCGGGCCCAGGCAGUAGGCAGCGCAGCUAACGCAACGGACAUUCUGGCCCGUGGUCGCAAGAGUAUUGCCGUUGACCUGAAAAGUGCGGAAGGUGUUGAAACGGUUCUGAAGCUGAUUGAAAGUGCGGAUGUUCUGGUUGAAGGUUUUCGCCCCGGUGUCACAGAACGGCUGGGACUGGGACCUGAUGUGGCGUUGGCACGCAACCCCAAGCUGGUUUACGGCCGCAUGACCGGUUGGGGCCAGACGGGCACGAUGGCGCCAGUCGCCGGACAUGACAUUAAUUAUAUUUCGCUGUCGGGCGCGCUGCACGCGAUUGGCGAACCGGGUGGUGCGCCGGUGCCUCCAUUGAAUCUGGUGGGUGACUUUGGCGGCGGCGGUAUGCUGCUGGCUUUUGGUAUCGCGGCUGCGCUCUUCGAAACUCAGAAGUCUGGUGCAGGGCAGGUCAUCGACGCCGCCAUGACAGAUGGCUCGGCGUUGUUGAUGAACGCGGUCUUCGGUUUGAUGAACAGUGGCCGGUGGAGCCAGAACAGAGGAGAAAACCUGCUGGAUGGUGGCGCACACUUCUAUGGCACCUACCAGUGCGCGGAUGGCAAAUGGAUAUCUAUUGGCUCCAUUGAACCGCAGUUUUACCAGCUGUUACUUGAAAAAACCGGUCUCAUCAAUGACGCGAGUCUGCCGAAACAGAUGGAUCGUGAAAAAUGGCCGUUGCUAAAAGAAAAGCUGGUGACGGUGUUUGCCAGCAAGUCACGGGAUGCCUGGGAUGAGAUCAUGCUCGGCACGGAUAUCUGUUAUGCGCCGGUGCUGAAUUUUGAUGAAGCCACUGCGCAUCCGCAUAAUGUCGCGCGACAGACCUUUGUCGAGUCGCAUGGAGUGACCCAGGCAGCACCAGCGCCACGUUUUUCACGCACAGCGCCUGAGCUGCCGGGGCCCGGUGUCGCGCCGGGUAGCCACACUAACGAGAUUCUGGCGGCGCUGGGAAUGAGCGAGGCUGAUAUCAGUGCGCUACUUGCAAGUGGCGCAGUUGCCUAA